AAGUGCAGUAAGUGCAGUCAAUGCGAACAAACCUAAUGUCGACCGACGUGGGUAAACGAGCAGCAAAUAGCUCAACGUGUAAAUUAAUUUCGGCGAAAGCUAAGAAAUUGAAUUCAUGGUUAACGAUUCAAUUUGUCGAUCACACUGCGUUAACAUGUGACAUACAAGAGAAAGAUAACGGCUGAAAGUCUGCACAUUGCAGCAAAAAUGAUUCUGUUCUAAAGGCUCGCAGUAUCGUCUUUUAAGAUCAGCUGUCAUAAGCAGACGAUAGACAGCAUCUGCUAAUUAUUGGAUCAUAAGGUCAUGGAAUUGACUGAAACUAAUGUACAAAUAAGAGAUCGUUCCAUUAACUUAAUCCCUGUGUACAUUAAACAAGAGAACGAUGAACACGAAACAGAUUUCAAUGAUGUCGAAAUAAUCAAUGCAGCUCAAAAUUUCUGUGCUAUUGAAAUCAAGGAAAGUAAAGAAUGUACUGCAAUUAACAGCAAUAAAGAAUCAAAUGUAAAUAAUAAAAAUUGUAGGCAACAUACAAACAAUUUAAACUCUACAUUAAAUAUAGUUCAUCAAAAUGAAAACUGUAACAUUAAUGGUAUAUUAAAUGGAUCAGUGUAUCUGCAAAAUUUGGACUAUGAAAAUAUAAAUAUAGAGAUACAGAAGCCUACAGAUCAAAUUGCUGAAGUUUUUAUCGAUCAAAAUGAACAGCCACAAACAACUAAUUACAGUGUUUCAACUGUUACUAUACCGAGUGAACUUCUAGGAUUGAAUCUUAACAUAAAAAAGGAAAAUGAAUUAGAUCAAGAAACGGUUUAUGCUACAGAAUGGUUAUGCAGCGUGAGCGCUGAAAGCGAUCUCCGAUUGAAAGUUUCUAAAAAUACCAAGGAGAAAGCAAACAUUUCUACCGACAUUGACGCUACGAUAACACUAUUAACAAAGCAGAAAGAUCGGAUACCAGAAAAUAAUAAUAACUUGAAAACCAAAGAAAGUACGCCUGAGAGAUCUAGGAAACAACUGAAGUUAAGAUCAAACUCAUUACAGGAUUACAAGGAGAAGCUGAGGAGAAAAGCAGAGUGUAUGAGGGAGAAGAGAAAAAAAUUAUAUGAACAAGAAAGCGAAGAACAACGCCAGCAGAGACUAGCAAAAGAAGCAGCUAAGAGGCGAGAAAUGAGAAUGUAUUAUGAAACUCCCGAGCAAAGAAGAAAGAGAUUAGAUGUAGAAGCAGCGAGGAAACGAGAAUACAGAAUGUAUAACGAAACGCCUGAAGACAGAAGAAAAAGAUUAGAUCGUGAGGCAGAAAGAAGAAGACUGAAAAGACUUUCAUUAUAUGCUAGUGAAACUCCUGAGCAAAGAAGAGAAAGGUUAAACAGAGAAUCUGCGAAACGAAGAGAAGCUCGACACAAUCAAUAUGCUAAAGAGACAGAAGAAGAGAGAAAAGAAAGAUUAAAAAGAGAUGCUUUAAGAGUUAGGGAAAUGAGAUUUACUAGAUCUGCUAUUGAAACAGAAGAGGAGCGCAAACAAAGGUUAGUAAAAGAUGCUCUGCGAAAGAGGGAGGUAAGAAUGCAUGGACGACAUUCGGUGAAUAAUAAUUUCACUGAACUUCAAACCGUUCGCAAUUUUGAAGAAUUAAACAAUGUGCAGAUAAAGGAGAAUCCUGAUAAUCAGUUGGGAGGUCAUUAUUUGAACAACUGGAUGAUGUGGUUCCAAAAUUCAAUUGUUCAACCAGUUCAUGUUGGCGAACAGAUCAUCAAAUCUCAAUUAGAAAAUAACGAAUAGAAAAAAGUUUGUUACACAAGUUUUAGUGCAAGAAGUACGGUGUUUUAAUAUACAUAUAUUAGGCAAAUUAUAUAAUGUUUAAACUAUGUAUAAUUUGUACAUGCUUUUUCACACAUUUGUGCUUAAAUUCUGUGGCUACUGCAUUAACGUACUGUUUGCAACGUACAGUUUAUAUUAGCAAUAAUUCUUAUACAUUUUAUAUUUAUAAAUUUUGUAAUAAAGCAAACAUCUGUUAAUUAGUACAUUUAUUGAAAUAAGAAAAAAAGGUCAAUGAUUGAUAUAAACCUUUGAGAUGUUCAAUACUAUUAAACUUUUUAUAUCUUAGAAAUGUAUUAAACUUUUACCAUUUUAAAAGAUGUACAAAAUAUAAUAAAAUUAUUGUAAUGUUAUUCUAUUAUUUAAUAUGAAUGAGGAAGAAAGAAGUUUGUUAAACUGUUAAGAUUGUAAAGAAUUCAAAUUAUAUGUUUGUAACAUAAAAAAAAAAAUUAUUCUUAACAGUGCCUUUUGUUUACUAUUUUGCGAAAACAAUUUAUAUACAUGUAUAUAUUAUUUAAAUAUGGAUGAAUGAUUCCAGGGAAAUCUUAACUUCCACUUGGAAUGAAUGUACAUUGUAAUGAAAUCUUUUCUACAGUUCCUUUGUAUCGAAUAAAACAAAGUAUAUUAUCAUGCAA